AUGGACAGAGAUAGGCAGAAAUGGAGAGACAUACUUCAUCGUCUUUUGGAUGUGACUAUGUUUCUAGCUCCACAGAACCUUCCUUUUCGUGGUCAUAGGGAGGAUAUGUUAUCAAUAAGCAAAGGCAAUUUCCUGGAACUGGUGGAGUUACUAUCAAACUAUGAUCCUGUUUUGAAAGAACAUCUUUUGGAAGUUAAGCAUGCUAUUCCAUCUCAGACAUCUGGAAGGAGAGUGAGCUCUUAUUUGUCACCAAAUAUCCAGAAUGAAUUCAUCUGUCUUCUAGGAAAUAAUGUUAAGGGAAAAAUUUUGGCUGACAUCAAGAAGGCCAAGUAUUUUGGAAUUAUUUUUGACAGUACACCUGAUAUUUCUCAUACAGAUCAGAUGUCCGAAGUGAUUAGAUAUGUUCAUAUUGAAGGUGAUUCUGUUGAGGUAAGGGAAUCUUUCUUGGGUUUCUUUCCUAUUGCUGGAAAAACUGCAAAUGAGCUCACAAAGGAUAUCCUGAGUAAUGUGGAGAGUGAUGGACUGGACAUUAACUUUUGCCCCAGUCAAGGAUAUGAUAAUGCUGCAACUAUGGCUGGUAUUCAUGGAGGUGUUCAGAAGAAAAUCAAAGAAAUAUAUCCAAAGGUUUUGUUUGUGCCUUGUGCCAAUCAUUCCUUGAACCUUUGUGGGGUACACUCUUUUGGAACCGAUCCUUUAUGUGUAACAUUCUUUGGAACUGUAGAGAAACUUUAUUGA